AUGUCAAACGAAACAGAUUAUUUCCCUCGUGGCGCUUCAACAACUACAACUAAUAUACAAUCUGAAAAACCACGAUUUAAUCAUGUUGAACGUGAUGAUUUAUUUAUUGGAAUAUCAUCAUCAAAACGAAAACGUUCACAAGAAGAUUCUCACAAACUUAAAGAAGAACAAAAGAAAAAAAAGAAAAAAUCUCUUGAUGGUGAAAAUCGUCAGGGAACAUUAUAUCGUCGUUUACAUAAACAAAAUCUUACCGAAGGUGUUCUUAUGUGUGGUUGUAUUGAAAAAAUAACUCCAUAUGAAAUACGUGUUAGUUUACCACAUCAAAAUAUUGGUUAUAUACCAUUAAAUAUGAUAUCAGAUGAAUAUACAGAAUUAAUUCAAGAAAAGCUAUCAGGAAAUAAUGAUGAUAGUUUAGAUAAUUUAUUUCAUCUUGGUCAAUAUGUUAUUUGUCGUGUUAUUGAAAGUCAAUCAACAAAUGAACAACAACAAAAACGUUUACAUCUGACAAUAAAUCCAAAAGAUGUUUGUGAUCAAAUAACACCGGAUAAUCUUGUUAAAGGAAUGAUGUUGCCCGGUGUUGUAUCAAGUAUUGCUGAUCAUGGAUUUAUAAUUAAUAUUGGAUUUUCACAUAGAAAAGGUUUUUUAGCAAAAAAUAAAAGUUUAAAUGAAGAUCUAUUAAAAAUUGGAUUUUAUGGAUUAUUUCAAAUAAAAGAAUCAUCAACACCGAAUUCACGUAUUGUACCUUUGAAAAUGAUCGAUACUAAAAAAAUAAGACCGACAUUAUCACCAACAAAAUUACCUUUUCAUAUGCUUUUACCCGGUCUUAAAUGUAAAGUGACUGUGAAUAAAACACGUAUUAAUGGUCUUGAAGUAUCAUUUGGUGAAAUAAAAGGAUUUAUUCAUUUACAAGAUUUUGAAUCAUUGAAAACACCAACAAGUGAUUUUACUGCUGAACAAGAACUUGAAGCAACAAUUAUGUCAAUUGAUCCAUCAUCAAAAUUAAUCCACUAUUCAAUGCAACCACAUUUAGUAGCAUUGAAUUCUCCACCAUUAAUUCUUGAGAAUAAUAAUGCACAAUUGUCAUCAAUAAUUGGUUCUAUACAUACAUGUAUUGUUGUGCGACAUAUUGGUUCAUCACUUGCUAUUCGACUUCCAGCAUUGAAACAAUAUGGAAUUGUUUCAUCAACACAUUUAACUGAUGAGAAAGUUGAUGAUCUUCAACAAAUAUUAACAUCAUUUACAGCUGGACAAAAAAUUCAAUGUCGAAUUAUUGGAAUAUCAUUAUCAAGUAAUUUAGCAAUAUGUACUUUGAAAAAGAGUAUUAUCGAUGCACCAUUUAUUACGUAUUCUGAUAUUAAAAUUGGCAGUUUAGUUAAAGGUACAAUAACUAAUGUUGACAAACAUGGUUUAAUUAUAAACUUAACAAAAUAUAUUAAUGGUUUCGUACCUAUUAUUCAUAAUGCUGAUAUACCAAUAAAAGAAGCAUUAAGUAAAUUUCCAUUAAUGAAAAAAGUUCAAUGUCGAGUUUUACAAGUCGAUCCAUCACGCCAACGAUUAAUCUUAACAUUGAAAAGAUCUUUAAUAGAAAAUAAACUACCAUUAAUUUCUUCUUAUAAUGAUUUACAAGCAAAUCUUCUUACCGUUGGUGUUGUUAUAUCAAUUCAAGAUUAUGGUUUACUUGUUAAAUUAUUUGGAGAUUUAUGUGGUUUAGUACCUAAAAAUGAAAUCGGGCAAUUACAGAAUUCACCUGGUGCAAGUGUUAAAAGUCAAUUGCAACAAAUGUUCUAUAUUGGACAAACUGUAUCAUGUAAAGUGUUGAAUUUUGAUGAAGAACAAAAGAAAAUCACAUUAAGUCUUAAAGUUCCUGGAAAAAUGACAUUUGGUAGUAAACCAGCAAUAGUACCUGCUGAUUUUUCUAUUGGAAAAGUUAUUCAAUGGACUGUAACAGAAUGUGAAAAUGAUGAACAUUUAAUUGGUAAUGUUGUUACAGAACGUCGACGAAAACCAGUAUCAAUAACAUUAACAAAAUAUCAUACAUCAGAUUUUGUUGAACAUCAAUCUCUAUUAAUGCGUCUUGAUUUAUCAACAAAUAAAACUCAACAACGUGAUGGUAUUUAUUGGUCUCAUUUAUCUUAUAUAAAUAUAUCAAUGAAAAAACUUAUAAUCGAAUUCUGUCGACAAUCAACUCUUCCACAAAAAUUCGAAGAUUGCACUGUUGGAUCGAUUGUUCCCGGUGUUGUUCAAAAUAUUUUUGAAUAUGGUCUUUUUAUUGAUUUACCAAAUACAAUUAUUGCUUUUGCUCCACAUAAACAUCUUGAUCUACGUGGUUCAUUAGAAACUAUAGAAAAAAAAUAUCGUAUAGGUCAAACAGUAUUCGUACGAAUUUUACAAAUCGAUGAAGAAAAACAUCGUUGUAUUGUUUCACUUAAAUCAUUAAUAUAUGAUGGUGAAAUCGCACAAUUAAAUCAAGCUGAUUAUGUAUUAAGACAUUAUCUUAAUGAAAAAUAUCAAUUGAUUAAAGAUAUGACAGAUAAUGGAGCUGGUCCAUUAUCGAAAUUUUUUCAAGAAACCAAAAAAUGGAUUGGUUUGAAAUGUCGAUAUUUAGUUGAAAAACGUGUUGAUGAUUGGUUUGUUGGUCGAUUAGAAAAUGGGCUUCCAGCUAGUUUACCAUAUGAUGCACAUUAUUCAAUAGGUGAAUCAAUUGAUGGUUAUAUUAUUGAUUUUAAUUUACCAGCUCAACAAUUUGUUCUCACAGUUGAUCUUAAGAAACCUAUUAAAUAUUCAAAUGAGCUAUCUAAAACAUCGACUCAAUGUACUAUCCUCUGUCAAUUAUCAUCAUAUGCAUUAGCAUUAACAACAGAUUCUAAUCAACUUAUUCAUUUACCAACAUUUUCGGAUUUAAAUUCAUUCUAUUCAAUUACAUCAUCAACAUCCUAUCAACGUAAACAACAAGUUAAUAUAACAUCAUUAACUCCUUACAUAUCCGAAGAAUAUAAUUAUAUAAUUUUACCAUGUCAAUCAAGAAAAUCUCCCAUUGAAAUUUAUCAAUCCAAUGAAAUUCAAUCUGUAACCAUUGUUGAUGUUUUACCAAAACAAUUGAAUGUGAAAUUAAACGAUGGUUCACGUGGACGAAUUCAUAUCACUGAAUUAUUUGAUAAUCCAUCUCCGGAUAAAUUUCAAUCAUUAAAUGAAUAUUUUCAUGUUAAUCAAACAUUAAAUGCACGUAUUAUUGGUACAAGAAAUAUUGAAAAAGAUUCGAAACAUCAACGACCUGUUUAUGAAUUAUCACUUCGGAAAGAAACAUCUUCGAAUCAAUAUGAAAAAGAUGAUGAAAUUAUUGGAUUUUUUGAUAAAAUUGAUGAAAAAACGAAAGGUUAUUGGUUUUAUUUAUCACUUCAUGUACGUGGUUAUGUUCCACCUGAAUUUCUUUCAAAACCAAUGACUACGGGUCAAUGUUCAUCGUUAACAAUUAUGAAUAAAACAAAAAAUGAUAAGGGUGAAUAUUAUAUUCUUUCAAUGGUUGAUAAAAAUCUUGUAGAAUCAAAUGUAAUCUAUGGAAAAUUUCAAGAAAUAAAAUCAAUCAAUGAAUUUCAUUUUAAUAUUACCAAAGAUAAUGAAAUUUAUACGGGAAUAUUAAUAUCAACAGAUGUUUCGGAUGUAUUCGAAAAUUUUGUAUUUUGGAAUGGUUUGAUGAGUGUUAAACCACCCGUAUUAAUUAAUGGACAAUUAAAUAUAAAAAAAGAAUUAUGGAAAUUUCGAAAUAAAACAAUAAAAGCUUUUAUUAAAGAAGAAGAUCAUGAAAAAAAACAAAUGAUUUUAUCAACAAGAAAAUCAAAAUUGGAGAAAAAUCAUUUGGAUAUAAUCGAUGAAGAAAUCGAUAGUAUUGAACAAAUAUCCGAUGGUGAUAUUCUACAUGGUUAUAUUGAUGUAUUAACAAAUCGUCAAAUAACAGUAUUAUUAGGUUCCGGAAGAAAAAUUCUUGGACAAAUUGAUAAAGUUGUUAAUCGAACGUUAAAUGGACAUUUAAGAGAAUAUUUAGAUGUAGGAAUGAUUGUUGAAGCAAUUGUUUUAAAUAUGGAUAAAGAAAAUAAUAAAUGUCAAAUGAAAUUAACGGAUCAAUUUAUUGAACAAUUAGUAUCGAACCGUUCGAAACGAAGUCGUUCAUCGAGAGCGAGUAGUUUGAAUGGUUCAAUUGCUGGUGAUAUUGAUGAUAAUGAAGAAAUAAAUGUUAAACGAUUAAAAACAAGUGAAGAAUUAGUAAAUCCCAGUGCUCUCGGUAAUGAUUUGAAAUUUGAUUGGACAGAUGAUUUAUCAACUUUACGUCCAUCGAUGGAUGAUGAUGAUGAACAAAUGAACGAAUCUAUUACUUCAUCGAAAAAAUCCAAAUUGAAAUUAAGUGGUUCAAUAUCAAAUACUAAUAAUCAACGUACUCAAGAACAAUAUGAAGAACUUGUUAAACAAGCACCAAAUGAUUCUCAGUUAUGGAUUGAAUAUAUGCAAUUUUAUAUUGAUCAAGCUGAAAUUGAUCGUGCUCGAUCUUUAGCUGAACGAGCAUUGUCUAGUAUUUUCUAUCGUGAAGAACGCGAUAAAUUAAACAUUUGGAUUGCUUAUUUGGCACUUGAAAAUCGUCAUGGUACACCAGAAAAAGUGAAUUCUAUAUUAUCACGAGCUUUAGGUAAUUGUGAUGGUGUUAAAGUCUAUCAAAGAUUGGCUUGUGAUGUUUAUGAAAAAAACAAUCAACUCGAAGACGCUAACGCAACAUUUGGUUUAUUGGUUAAAAAAUUUAAUAAAAAUAAACAAGCAUGGCUUGAAUAUAUCAUGUAUCUAUUUCGACAGAAACAAAAUGAACAAGCAAAAGCUAUACUUGAUAAAUCAUUUGCAAGUAUACCAUCAACUGAUCAUGUUGAAAUGAUUAAUAAAUUUGGUCAGUUAGAAUUUAAAUAUGGUGAUGAAGAACGUGCAAAAACUCUCUAUGAAAAAUUAUUAUCUAGUUAUCCAAAACGUACAGAUCUUUGGUCAAUUUAUAUUGAUAUGUUAAUUAAAUAUGAUAAAGAUCCACUCAUUGUUGCAAGAUCAAUUUUUGAUCGUGUACUUUCAUUAAAUAUUCCACCAAAGAAAAUGAAAUUUUUAAUUAAAAAAUAUCUUCAAUUUGAAAAACAACAUGGAACAACAGCAGAUGUUAAUCGAGCAAAAGAACGUAUUACUCAAUAUGUUAAUUCUACUGAUGACGUUGAAAAUAAGACGACUACAAAAUCAAACAUUGAACAAGAUGAUUUGGAUUUCUAA